AUGAGUUCAUCAACAAGUUCUCAUGCAAAAUCUAAUGCACUUGAAUCAAUCAAAAAUUAUCGUGUGUCAGAUUUACAAGCUGUACUUGAUUUUGCUAAUUUAUCUCGUCAAGGACAUAAACGUGAUUUACUUCAACGUUGCAAAUCUUUAAUUGCAUCAAAUUUUACUCCACAAUUAGCAAAUAAAAUUCAACAAAUAAAUAAUAGUCGUACACGUCCAUCUCGAUCAAAUCAUGUAUCAUCAUCAUCAUCAUCAUCAUCGUCCUCUAAAAAUCAUCCUAUUGUUUUACCUAAAACUCCACCAAUUGAAGUUUUACCACAAGCUAAUCAUAUACAAUUUAUAAAUUUACCUUUUUUUGAAAAAAUGCGUACUAUUGAAUGUUCAAAUAUGCCUAUUGAUUGGCAUACAUUUUCUCCAAUGCGUUUUAUAUUAAAUGAAACUGAUAUUGAUUUAAUACGAAAAAAUAUUGCUCGAAUUUUUCUUCGUAUUGCACCGACAAUUACUUAUGAAAGACAUAAUGAUGUUUUACCACCUUAUUUAUUUGUUCAAUGCAAUAAUCAACCAGUAAUUAAUAAUAAUAUAUCAAAACAAGUUGGUUCACAAGCACAUUCAAUAUCAUUUCCAACUGAUAUAACAGAUAAAAUAAUACUUAAAGCAAAUACAACUAAUACAUUAAAUUAUCUAUGGUUACAAUCACCAACAACAAUGUCAUUUAAAAAUUUACCUAAAUCUUAUACAUUAUCAAUACAAUUAGUACAUUGUGUAUCAUUAGAUACAUUAUUUGAUUUAAUAAUUAAACGUGAACCAUAUUCAAAUAAAACAGAUAAUGAUAGUGAUAUUGAAAUUGAAAUUGAAGAUUUAGGUUUAAUGGCAACACGUCAUCGUGUUUCAUUAUUAUGUCCAAUAACACAAUCAUUAAUUAUUGUACCAGCUAAAUCAUCAUAUUGUUCACAUUUAACAUGUUUUGAUUUAAAAGCAUUUUUAUUAAUGAAUGAACGACGAUUACAAUGGACAUGUCCAUUAUGUAAAAAAUCAGCUUCAUUUGAAUCAUUACGUAUUGAUGAACGUUUAAAAACAAUACUUUCCAAUGUACCACCAAAUUGUUCAACAGUAGAAAUUGAUUCAUCAACUGAUUGUCAAUAUAUAUUAGAUAGUGUUAAACAAGAAAAAUUUGAUGUUACAGAUACAACACAUGUACAACAAAAUAAUGAAGAUGAAUCAAUACAAAAUUCUUCUAAUAAAGCUCGUUAUCAAUCAGAUGAAAGUGAUUGUAUAGUUCUUUCAUCGGGUAGUGAAAGUGAAGAUGAAGAUGGAGAAAUCAAUAAUUCUUCAUUACCAACAACUCCAAUACUUCAUCAAAAUCAUGAUAUUGACGAAAGAUACAUUAAUAAAAUGAACGAUAAUGCUAGUCUAUCAUCUCAUAGAUCAAAUUCAACAAUAUCUCCAAUUAUGUCAACCGUUGGUGAUGCUAAUUAUUGGGAAGAUAUAGCACAAAUAACAUAUGAUUUAUCAUCAGAUACAAGUGAAAAAUUUUCAAAUAGAAAACGAUGUAAUAGUUCAACAUCAUCAAUAUUAUCAUCAACAUCAUCAUCAAAAUCAAAUAAUGCACAUCAUCGUAGAAAACGAAAUAAACGACUAACAUCAAUGAAAUCACGAACAACUGAUAUUGAACUUAUAACACUUUCGUCAAGUGACAGUAGUGAUAAUGAUGAUCAAUCAUCAUAA